AUGGCAAACGCAGACGUACUCAGAAGCAGGUUUUACUCAUAUGAUAAAAUGUACAGCCAAGAGCAACGUGAACAGAGCUUCGCAGAUUGGCCCUUCCGAGAAGAAUGCAGAUGCACACCCGAAAAGAUGGCCAUGGCUGGGUUUGUCCACUGUCCCAGUGAGAAUGAGCCUGAUGUUGCCUGCUGCUUCUACUGCCUGAUAGAGCUGGAGGGCUGGGAGCCAAAUGACAACCCUUGGUCUGAGCACAUCAAACGUUCUCCUCAAUGUGGCUUUCUGUGUAUGAAGAAGGACUUCACAGAGCUGACAGUGGCUGAGUUUUACCACAUGGAGAAGGAGAGACUUAAGACAUACAUUAGAAAGGUUUUCAAUAUGAAGAUGGCGUAUUUGCGAGAUGAAAUUGACCAAACACUUGAGAAGCUGAAAUCUAUUUGA